CAUCACUAAAAAAGAAAAGUUCAGGCAACGUGUUCCGUGGUGAAAAAUAAAAUGUCGCAAGAAUGGGAAUUUCCCGAGCUCGAAUUGGUCUUUCGGCAUUAUAGAGAACUAAAUUUAAUGCGGCGACCAUAUGAAGGGGCUCCUCCACCAUAUUCGGAGCCUCCGCCGGGUCUGUCAGAGCCGCGCCAUGGAUUUAUUGCGCCAUUUCCACCACCACGGUACUCGGAGAAUUCGGAGCUUCCGCAGCCAACAUCAGGGAUACAACCAGUGGGACCACCGGAGAAUAUUCCAGAAGUUUUAGCAUCGAUUCGCGAGGCCUGUCGUGCGUGUGUAAUGCCUAAUGUCGAUACCCCGUGGACUGAUCCUGAGCUGGCGAUGGUCGAUCUAUUUCAAAUCAAGUGCCCGUUCCAUUUGCUCGAUGACUGCCCCUUUCCUGACUGCGAUCAUACGUUCCGCAGCGCUGAAGGGGUGGUGCCUAAGCUGAUGGCUAUGAAUGAGUUAAACCUUUUGACCACAUAUACACUGAUCACAAAAAGUCGCCCUCUGUUCGAGGCAUUCUUUCCGGCAUACGUUAGAGUGUUUGACACACGGGGUCUGAGCAACCGAUUGCUGCAGAUGAUGGCGGACUGUCGCCUUUAUGGAUUCCGUGGUGUUGCCAGUAUUGGUCCAAUCUUCACUGCCUUGAAGAGUAUUCAAAUGGAAAAGGAUGCUACGCAGGCUAUGAUGAAGAACCUGUGGGUGCCCGCUGAGGCGCACACCUUGAAGGCAGAGACGAUACUCGUAUUGGAAGUGUUGGCGUCCUCCAACUGGCACGAAUACGUCGUCGAGCUGGUCAUGUUGACCAAGAGAUACGGAUUCACCAUCCCAACUAAGAUCUUCAAAACCAUUCUCUUCUCCACCGUCGGUAGACAGCAACUGAAGAGAGCAGCUGUACCACUGCUAGCCAUCAUUCCCAGCCAUGUUGCACAACGUCCAGACUUGUUUGCAAUAGUUCGAAGGAUUGAAACUUUUAAUAAAAGCCCAUAUAUGAAUAUGAUAGCAAUGGCCAAGCGAAUGAGCAUCUCUCGUCAGCAGUCGUAAAUUUUUCUUCAAAGUCAUACAAUCCGGGACAUCUGCGUAUCUCCAGCUGACCAAUGCUGUUGGACCCGGACCACCCGCUGCUCGUUGUGUCUGACAAACUGUCGUACAAGUUCUGUGGCGUCUGCGAAUAAGCCAAUAAAAAACAAAACAAAUAUAAUUUGAAAUUCCAUGUAUUGAAUACACACACUACAUAUAUAUAAUUUGAUACAUAACGAGAGUUUACGCAAAAAAAAAAAAAGGAAUGAAACCAAAGAUAUUACUCUGAAUGAAUUAUUUAUGACAUUUACAUACAAAUCAAAGCCGCGCGUGAGGCAUUUCAAAAUUACAAUUAUUGCAUUUAUUUUUUGUGACGUUCAUUACCUGCUCAUCAAUUUGUAAUUGGAUUCGUAAUAUCAGUAAUAUUCCGUAAUAAAAAUGAGGCAAAAACAUGACUGAAAAAAAUC